AUGCUUGAUUCGCAUUACGGUGUUUUCAGUAGUCAGAUACCUCCCAAGUGCAUGCCAUCGCCGAGAACUGUUGCUCGAGUAGCCUCAAAUAGCAGACCUGGUGGUGUUGGUGGCACGCCAUUUUCACUUCGUCGCAGAUUUGAUCGCUUUGAAACAGUUCCAGACGGUGUAGAACUUGAUUAUUCGAGGCCCUCGAUUUCAUUGCCGAUUAACUUAUCUCGCAGGCAGCCUAUUGUUCAUCCGGCCUGUGACCCGCCCUUAUGUUCUGAUUGUCGUCAAUUCGAUGCCAGAUUUCCUCAAUCACCCGGAAUUAGCAACACCAGCAUUGAGGACAGUGAUAGGGAAACUCCCGACUUCAGUCUUCUCCUUGAUUCAGACCGCCCAAUGACUCCAGAUUACAGUGAAGAGGAUAUUGUUCGAAUGAUGCUCACAGCCACGUCUUCAUCGGCGAGCAACGGUGGAGGCUUUCUUUGGUUCAAGUUAUACUGCCAUCUAGCUGCUCGUGUUAUCCACUGGUUGAAUUUUUCCAUCUGUGAUGCUGUUUCUCUUAAUUCUCUAUUACCCGACUUUGAAGUUCGCUCUAAACUACAGUUGCCAUCAGUCGGCCACAGCAUUGCACUUUCCAGCACCAUUCUCGUGGCUCCUGACCUGACAGAUGUUAAGUACGAAUAUCUGGGAAUGGGUGGGAAUUCGAUUAGUGUUGAUAACCAGGCUAAACUCAUUUCCUGUUGGUAUGAUCUCUGCGUCACUCAGAUUGUGACAGUUUGUCGACUUCGUGGAGCAUGGUGGUGUGACAAAUGUGUGGCCCUCCUUUCUGCCCCCGAUGUCGGCAUCGGACAACUCUUCGCUCUGCUUCGUCAAUGGACACCUUGCACUCAACUUCAAUUAGACACCAUUGUUAUGGAGGUGGGUAUGCGGUUUCCUAUAUUCCAUUUUAUUUUUGGAAAGAAACCUGCACCGUUCUUUCGACAGGAAAUAGCAUCAAACUAUGCUUCAAUAAUUAUGAGUAAUGAUGAUGAUAGUAUUUAUGUGACUUCAGCAAUUGUCUCUUCAUUGGUUUUUUGA